AUGGCAGGUGAAUCGCCACAUGAGAUUGGCACUAUGCCAAUACUUGAGGCUUUCAAUGUGUACAGUAAUUCCUUAUGUGGAUCCAUUCCAUCUUCCUUAUUCAACAUAUCAACAAUGAAGACAUUAGCAAUUUCGUUCAAUGAGUUGUCUGGUACUCUUCCAUUAGAUUUGGGGAAUAAACUUCCCAAUCUUGAUACACUUCUUUUGUCUACUAACCUAUUCAGUGGCCCAAUUUCAAGUUCUAUCACUAAUGCUUCUAAAGUUAUCAUCUUGGACAUUACUAACAAUUCCUUUAGUGGCUCCAGACCCGACUUUGGUGAUUUGAAGCUUCUACAAGAACUUUACCUUUCGGAAAAUAUUUUGAGUGGAGCUGAAUUCCCAACUCAGGAAUUGACGUUUCUUUCCUCCUUAACUAAUUGUCAACAUUUAAAGAGGUUGGAAGUAUCAAGCAAUCCAAUGAAUGGCAUCUUACCCACUUCACUCGGGAAUUUUUCCUCAUCUGUUGAGUAUAUUGUCGCUUCAAACUGCAGUAUCAUGGGGGUUAUUCCGUUCGAAGUAGGAAACAUAAGAAGUUUGCUAAAUUUAUAUUUGAGCUAUAAUCAGCUGAGUGGUCUCAUUCCACCAACAAUAGGAAAAAUGAAGCAACUCCAAAAACUAUAUCUUAGUGACAAUCAAUUGGAGGGUUCUAUCCCCAACGACCUUUGUCGACUUUAUAAUUUGGGGGAGUUGAGCCUUCAUGGGAACAUGCUUAUGGGGGCAAUACCUGAAUGUUUGGGUGAUAUUAAAUCAUUGAGAGUGAUCUACUUAGGUUCCAACCAAUUGAAUUCAAGCAUCCCUCCUUGCUUGUGGAUUAUCACAGACCUUGUGAUUCUGAACUUGUCAUCCAAUCAUCUGAUCGCUCUUUGUGGUCCAGUAGAAUUUCAAGUUGCACCUUGCCCGGAAAAUCAUCAUGGAUCAUGGUUAAAGAAACUCAUUGUGUCAUCAGUGGUUUUAGUUGUCGUUGUCGUCAUUGUGAUGCUUACUCUCGUAAGAAUGCGUAAACAGAAAAAAGUAGCACUCUCUACUGAUAUUCCACCAUUAACUACUGAAUCAACACUUUCUGAUGGGUUGAAAGUUGCGGUUGAAGUCUUCAACUUGGAAUUGCAAGGAGUAACAAGGAGCUUUGAUGUUGAAGCUACUAUAUUGAGCAAACAGAGGCAUAUGAACAGAGUAUUUGAGCAAACAGCAGGCUGCAAAGAAACCCAGAGAUGUCUUCCUAAAAUGGUUGAAGAUUUCUACUUCAAAAUUAAAAGAUUAAACGAAAUCGCACCGAGGGAUAUAAAGCAAAGUAAGAUGAGCUAUUCAUGUGUUUUGACUGCAUACAAUGAAGCUGAUGGACUAACCAGAGAGAUUAGAAAGGCCAAAGAGAUAGUCUAUAAAUCAGAUGAGAUUUAUUCCAACUCUGCUUUCCAUCUGAGCUGUUGA